AAAGUGACAGUAUUUAAAGAGGGGGUGAACGAAUAGCUGUCAGUCUGACAGUUUGACUAUCGGAUUAUUACUACUUAAUCAUUUUUUAGAGACUUACAAACCACAUUACCUACUCUUUGUAUAUUUGAUCUUGUAAAGCAGCACAAGUUUGAACUUAUUUUAUUUUUUUAUUUAUUUUUUAUUUUUUUUACAAAUUAUGGAUAAAGAGCGAACCACCAUGACUGCAUUCUGGAAGGAGCACUCUCAGCAGGCCACAGUGGAGGAGAUGAUGCUGGACUCCAAUGCACAGCAGCUGACCAAGCAUGAGCUACCUGAGAUCCUGGAGAUUCUGCCCAGCCUGGAUGGCAUUGAUGUAUUAGAACUAGGUGCUGGCAUUGGACGAUACACAAGUCAUCUCAUUGGCAAAGCACGUCAUGUGACAGCUGUGGACUUUAUGGAGAACUUUGUGGAAAAAAACAAGGAAGAGAACAGUCACCUUGGAAACGGAAAAUUUAUCCAAGCAGAUGUCACACAGCUGGAGUUUCCCAAAAAGAGCUUUGACCUGAUCUUUUCUAACUGGUUGCUCAUGUAUCUGAAUGAUGAGGAGCUGCGUUCACUGGCAGAGAAGAUGCUGUCUUGGCUUCGUCCCAGCGGUUACCUUUUCUUCAGAGAAUCCUGUUUUCACCAAUCAGGAGACAGUAAGAGAGAUUUUAACCCCACCCACUACCGUAGUCCUGCACAUUAUAACCAUCUGAUGGCAUCAGUUACAUGGUCGGAGUCGGGGGAGAUGGGUACACAGUCCUAUGGAUUUGAUACAGUCCUGAGCAGAACUGUCCAGACUUACAUAAAGAUGAAGAAGAACCAGAACCAAGUGUGCUGGCUGAUGCAGAAAGCUUGUCGGGAUUUGGUCCAGCAACACCAAGGAGGCUUCAGCACCUUCCAGCAGUUCCUGGACAACCAGCAGUAUACACGCAGGGGAAUUCUGCGAUAUGAGAAGAUGUUUGGCUCUGGUUACGUCAGUACCGGUGGACCCAGCACCACCAAGGAGUUUGUUGACCUGCUGAACCUUAAGCCUGGACAAAGAGUUCUCGAUGUGGGCUGUGGAAUUGGUGGAGGGGAUUUCUACAUGGCCAAGACCUUUGGGGUGGAAGUAUUGGGAAUGGACUUGUCAUCAAACAUGGUGGAUAUUGCUAUGGAGAGAGCAGUGAGUGAGAAGCUGCCAUCUGUGCAAUUUGAGGUGUCAGAUGCCACUAAAAGAACGUUUCUGGACAGCUCUUUUGAUGUGGUGUACAGCAGAGACACUAUUCUGCACAUCAGCGAUAAACUGAAACUCUUCCGAAAAUUUCAUUCGUGGUUGAAGCCUGGUGGAAAGGUGCUCAUCAGUGAUUACUGCUGUGGAGAAAAGCCCUGGACUCCUGCCUUCCAGGAGUAUGUUAGCCAGAGAGGCUACAUCCUUUAUACUCCACAGAGAUAUGGCAAGUUCUUGGAAGAAGCAGGAUUCACUAAUGUAAGAGCAGAAGACAGAACUGCCCAGUUCGUUUCUGUAAUAAAGGCUGAACUUAAGAGAGCCGAGGAGAUUAAAGUUGAAUUUAUAGAGGAGUUUUCCCAGGAGGACUAUGACGCUAUUGUAAAUGGUUGGACAGAGAAGUUGCAGCGCUGUGAAGCUGGAGAUCAACGCUGGGGGCUAUUCUAUGCCACCAGAGACUGAGAGAAGUAGAGACAGUGCUCCUGCAGGUUCUAAAGGUGCAGAAAGAGAACAGGAACAAAAAUAACAAUCUGAAGAAGAUUUUAAAUGUUGAAUAAUUGUACAAACUUUAUUAGGAUUCUGUAAAUUAAAAUAGGCCGAUGUGGCAUGGUGUUAAUAUUUUUAGAAUUUUUAAGCACUGUAAAUUUGUUGAAAUAAAAAUAAAUAUUUUUCCUUUGUUCUUGA